UUAAGAUUGGGCCGGAUAGCCCGCGAGCUCUGAUCCUAGUUGGCAUGAAUGACAUGCCUACUAAAUCCAACCGGUUUUUCAAUGAGAUUAGAGAUUGUCUUGCUGUCGACGGAAACCACACACAAAAUCCAACGGUAUAGCGCACGAAAUGCAGAAAACCAAAGAAAUCUAGAAAGCAAAUAAUUUAAAUGGAAUGCACCUAUCUAUAUAUUAGGCAAAUAUGAUAAUGUAAUAAUUAGAAAGCAAAUAAUUUAAAUGGAAUGCACCUAUCUAUAUAUUAGGCAAAUAUGAUAAUGUAAUAAUUAGGAUGUCAUAAAUCACAUAUGAUAACGUUGCUUAAAAAUUUAAUCGAAUAAAAAAGACAGGAUAAACAUUUGUUGGGAGAAAGAAAACGUUCGUCGAAUCCUCAUCCCUUAAUCGCCGACGCUUCAACUCGGUGACGUAUGUUCAGAGUCAUAUGCGAGCAAUAGAAUGGAGGGAGAGGCAGUGGGAUCUAGGAGUAGUAGUAGGAAGGAGCAGGAAAGGGAAAGACGGCGUCUACGAGACAGAGAAAGAAGACAAUCUAUGAGCCAAGAUGAGAGGGAAAGGCAUUUGGCACGGCGCCGCAAGAACUAUCAGCUGAGAAGGCAGAAAGCUGAGAUAAACCGCCUCGACUCUCAGAUCCAAGCAAUCAGUGGAGGCAGCCAAGCAGCAGUGAUCUCACCGCCUGAUUCUGGAGCCAGCUUGGUUGAGUCUGAUCAGAGUGUGGCAAUACCAGUGGAAGAGCUGGCUAAACUGAUGGGGACUAUACGGCUGACUCGUCUGAAACAUCUGGCGAGGACACUGAACAAGUCCAGCUCUAGUACUGGUGCAGAGUCAAGCAACACAGGAGCAACAGACGCAAAGACAAGAUGUGCCAUGUCAAAUGGGCUACGUCUGAGUCGAGUAAAACGACUGGUGAGAGCAAAGGGCCAGCAAGAGAGGUUCUUUUCACAUUCCCAAACACAAGAACCUCAGCUUCACUAGAGUUCACAACUUGAAAGAGAACCUCAUGAAUUAUUGUUUGUAAAAGUGAAAGUAUUAUUGUUUUGGAGACACAUCUAAGAAACUGACCAUAUUUGUUUUCAAAUACAAGUGGGAUUACAUGAUAUUCUUCACUUUUCUUUUCUUGUCACAGCCAUCUCCUAUCCGGCUUUUAUCAUUUGUAGUUCGGAAGAAGAAACGAGAGUGAGAUAUCAUAGCUGAGUAAUCUCUUUUGCUGAACAAGAUAAUAAGUUUGACAAUUCUUUUGUUAUUGAUUGAGGUAUAGAAAGAUAUAUAUACAUUAAAGGUUUGAAUCUUUGAGAAUGAAGGAUGGCCAAGCGGAUGAUGCCAGAAGAAGUUGUCAGUUUACACAAUAUUACAACAAUAACAGAGAAAAUAACAAUAGGAGCUACGAGGUGAUCUCUAAAAAUGUAAAUCUUUUUUGCUAGUCCCAGACAUGGAGCUGUGGAUAAAUAUAUGGGUUAUAAAGAGAGAAGGAUGGAAGUUUACUGAUAAAGUAUUUGUGGGGAGAAAAAAAGCUAACAUUUGUUAGAUUCAAUUGAACAACGGAACAACGAUGAUAAAUGUGAAGAGAAGUUUAACUGAGAUUAUCAUAUACAUAUAACGAAACUAUUUAGUAGACAUGUUUGUUGGCAUUGUAGCAUCCAAGUUGUGUCCUAUGCUAAAGCUAUCAUUGUGCAACUACUGUCAUGUAGCUUUCAUAGCUCAGUUGGUUAGAGCACCCCUUUAGUAAGCGGGAGGUCUUGAGUUCAACUCUCAAU